AUGACCGAGGUCUUCAAGACCCAUACCAAGAAGAGCAUAAAUGAUGCCGUGUCUCUUGUCAACGCGCCUCGCCGCACUGCGAAAUACGAUGUUAUAUCUGCCUGGAACGCGCUUGAGAACGCAAACGGCCCAAAGGACGUCCUUCGAUAUCCACGGUUGCUUGAAGCACGGCAGGAGAUCAACGAAGAAGUCGAGUUCCGUACGCACACACCGCCAAAAUUUAGUAAGGAUGGAAAGAUUGCAGUACUUCGGAUCAACAGUGCCGCUCAAGUACAUGGCGUGAUUGCCACAAGAUGGGCAGGCUACCUCAACUCGAAGGCGCUCGAGAUUAUCAUGGUCGCAAACUCUGGCUAUAAGCCAGGCUAUGUCAACUUCUCCUGUCGCAUUGCACGGACCGCUCGAGGCAGAGACCCACCUGUCAAUAUUAUUGAAUCGUUGAAGGCAGCAGCGGAGCUUGACCAAGGCGAUUUAGUCCAGCGCAUGGGCGAGAGCUUUGCUCGCGGGCACAAAGAGGCCUCUGGAGGCAUCAUUCCGAUUGCAGAGUUUGAAGAACUGAUGACACUCAUGCAGAUUGGUGAGAAGCCGGAUCCGAAACCUGGGGACUCAAGUAGCAAGAAGACGAAGGCAUCGCCACAGAAGAACAAUCUCAUGAAUUACUUCGGCAAGAAGUAA